AUGUCCAAACUCAUAAGUCCUGCUCAGUGCAGUUUUGUCCCCGAAAGGCAAAGUGCUGAUAAUAUUUUGGUGGCACAGGAGGCUAUACACUCUAUGAGAUAUAAGAAAGGGACUUCUGGUUAUAUGGCAAUCAAGAUAGAUCUUGAAAAAGUUUAUGACAGGUUGAAUUGGAGAUUUAUCCAGGAUACUCUUCAGGAGGCAGGUUUGCCGCAGAAUUUGACCGAUUUGAUAGUGAGUUGCUAUUCGUCUGCAAACAUGAAUGUAUUGUGGAAUGGGACUCAUUCGAAUCCUUUCGUUCCUUCUAGGGUUAAGCAUAAUAUAUGGGAGCCAAUCACUCUGAAUAGGGGAGGUCCGAAGCUGUUACAUUUAUGUUUUGCUGAUGAUAUCGUUCUAUUUGGGAAAGCAUCAAUGGAACAGGUGGAGUUAACUCGCAGUAUUCUUGAGCUGUUUUGUCGGUGUUCUGGUCAAAAAGUUAGUUAUGAUAAGUCUUGCGUCUACUUCUCUGAGAAUGUGAAUUUCAGUCGUAAGGGGGCACUGAGUGAAGCCUUAGGAGCUUCGUUUGGGGAGGUAAUAACUCUGGUCCUCUGCAGUAAAUAUAGGUGUGGUGAUAAUACCAUCCCUUUGAUGAAGCCUCUUCAACUUAUGUCUAACGCUUGGAAAGGUAUCUCUCACAUUUGGAAACAAUUUGAGAGAAAUAUCUGGAGGAUUGGUUCAGGUCAGACCGUGGAUUUUUGGAAGCAUCAUUGGAUCCCAGGUGUUCAUUGCUUGAUGGACUUUUCCCAAACAGAGGUAACAUCGAACAUGAGAGAUGAAAAAGUCUGUGACUAUGUGGUGAAUAAUAAUUGGAAUUAUGACCGUAUCGGUUACAAUUUGGGGGAUGAUUGA